AGGAGACUUUGCUAGUGAAAUGCAAAGUUAUAUCGGCAUUCUCGCUCGGGAAAAAGUUAGGAUAAGUUACAAGUCAUGGAAGCAAGUUCCAAGUGGCGUUAAGGAUUUAAUAUGGGAAUCAGUUAAUUUGAGUUACAAUGUUGACCCCAGAUGGAAAAAGGGGUGUUUGAAUUCGGCAAAUAGUAAGUGGCGGCAAUAUAAAGCUCUCCUCACUCAUAAGUUUAUUUUUAGCAAGCUUGCUAAACCGGAAGAGUUGAAAGAACCACCAAUUGGGUAUGGUAUUACACGAGAUGAUUGGAGUGCGUUUGUAAUCAGUCGCAUGUCGGACGACUUCAAGAAAGUAAGUGAUGAGCAAAAGAAGAGAAGAAAGCAGAAUGUAUACCCACAUCGGCUUGCCCGUAAAGGUUAUGCUCGUUUUGCUGAUGAAAUAGGAGAUGAAUUAUGUGAUGAUGAAGAGAUUAAUCGAGCGAUUAUUUGGAAGAAAGGACGGAUGAAUAAGAAGGGGCAAUUUGAAGGCGAUGAUUUGAAAAUGGCAAUAGAAAAGAUUGAUGAUUAUGUGCAACAAAAACGGGAGGGUAAGUUGCACUUAGAAGAGGCAAACACGGAUAUCCUUUCAAAAGCACUUUCAUCUGAGGAGCAUUCUGGGCGUGUGAGGGGUGUUGGAGGAUAUGUCACUCCAACAUUCUAUUUUAAUGUUGGCAGCAUAGUGCAGAAACACCUUGUUGAUGAGCAGUUUAUCCUUCAACAAAAAGAGUUGAUGGAGGCAAAGAUAUUAAUCUCACAACAAAAUGCACGCAUAUCAAAUCAAGAUGAACGCAUACAGAAACUUGAAGCAAUGUUCAGAAAGGGUGCAUGCGACUUAGAUACGGAUGAAAAAGGUAGUUGCUCAGUAAAGUUGCAUCCCAUGAGUGAUGAAAAUAUCAAAAUUGAAAAGUGUGUCCCAAAUAUUGAAACUUUGGAUGAUGAUGACAUGCAAAUUUUGAACAAUGAUGAUUUCUUCCAGGUAUAUAUUUAGUUGUCAUUAUAUUACUUAGUAUUAUUGAAACUAUGAGUUGCAUCAAUUUAUAACAUGAUUACUUAUCUUCUAGGGUAAACCGGUUGCAUUGACAUUGGGUUCUAAGAGCAAUAUUGUUGCCUAUGGUACAAUUGUUCAUGUCAAUGCGGUUGGUAAAUUACUUCAUGGUGUUCCAUUACCUAUUAAUUGUAUGCGUGUCU